AUGCCAACUCCCAGGGGCCAUGUCAGAAGGGGAGAGCAAGGACAGCUCAGGCAGUGAGUGCCCCGUGUGCUACGAGAAGUUCCAGGACCUGGAGGGCGCAAGCCGGACGUUGAGCUGUGGCCAUGUGUUCUGCCAUGACUGCCUGGUCAAGUACCUGCUGUCCACCCGCGUGGAUGGGCAGGUCCAGAGGAUCCUGGUCUGCCCUAUCUGCCGCUACGUCACCUUCCUCAGCAAGAAGAGCUCCCGCUGGCCCUCCAUGCUGGACAAGAGCUCCCAGACCCUGACUGUGCCAGUGGGCCUGCCCUCCGUACCCCCGCUGGACAGCCUGGGCCACACAAACCCUCUGGCUGCCUCCUCAUCUGCCUGGAGGCCACCCCACGGCCAGGCCAGGCCACCAGGCAGCCCGGGCCAGAGUGCCCAGCUCCCCCUGGACCUGCUGCCCAGCUUGCCCCGGGAGUCACAGGUCUUCGUCAUCAGCCGCCACGGGAUGCCCCUGGGGGAGCAGGACAGCGUGCUGCCCCGCCGCAGCCUGGCGGAGCUCUCAGAGGCCUCCCCCGCACCCCGCUCUGCCCGCGCCUUCUGCUGCCGAUCACGGGCCCUGCUGCUCAUCACACUCAUCGCCGUGGUGGCUGUGGUGGCCGCCAUCCUGCCCUGGGUGCUUCUGGUCAGGAAGCAGGCGUGAGCCACACCGCAGGGAGGCCAUCAGGCUGGCUGUGGCCUGGGAGGGGGCAAGAGGCCCCACGGCAGCCCUGGUGCCACCAAGCUCCGAGGGACACAUGGGCAGACAGAAGGGAGGACCUGGGCACAGAGAGGGCCUUGGGCUUCCCCAACCCCCGCUGGGGCUUCAGCUGGACAGGGAGGCUGGAGCUGACUCUGCACACAUGUGUUCCCCACAUGAAUCCUUAGCAGAUAUGUUCCCCUUCCUCUAGGCUGGGAAGAUGGGAGGUCACUGCUCUCCUGCGGGCUCACCAGCCCUGAGCGGCAGACCUUACCUGCCAGGUGACCUGCCCAAAGCCAUGUGGGCCCCUCCAGGUACAAGGAAGUCCUGCUGGCAGACGUCCUGCUGGGCAGGCCGAUGGCAGGAUCCUCCAGGCCAGAAUUACCACCCAGGAUUCUGUGGCUUACCCUCGGAAACAGACAGAAGCAGAGCCCAGAAUCUCAGCAUUCAUCCUCAACCUCCACCACACUCCAUCCCCAAGCCCUCCCUGUCCCCACCCUGCCAGCUUAGAAGGCCUUCCCCGAGGGAGAAGCUGAUCUCAGAGGCUGCCCCAGAAUUUCUGGGAGAAUCAUCAAAAACUUCCUGGAGAGCUGAGGCCACAUGCAGAGCCAGGGGUUUGCUGUCAGAGGUCAUGCCAGCAGAGUGGACCACAAACAGGGCCAGAGGUCUCCCUGAACCUUCCAGGCCCAAGGAGGGAUCCAAACUUUGAGUCCUGGGGUUCUCAAGGGUGGCAGGAAGUGGAGGGGAAGCCUGACAGUCGAGCCUUGACUCAGCUGAGAACCAUGUGAGGAAAUGAACCCCUGGGGCCCCCCCUCCCUCCCAACUCAUCCUCCUCCUCAUGACCCAGCCACUCAUUUAGAGGCCACACCAGAUGGGCCAGUUUCCGAGGUGGACUGCCAGGCUGGACUGGGUGAGGAAGGCUGGGGAGGAAAACAGCUGUGCUUGUCACGGACGCUGCCAUCUCAACCAAGGAAUGCUGAGGCCCAGGUGCUAUCCGCUGCUCCCCAAGGUUUCUUUGCCAGGGCCCCCAGGUUGGACUGUGAAGAGCCUCAGGUUGGGUCUAGCCUGAGUCAUUUGGGGAUAGCUAUAGGCUGUUUAUUGAGGUCCAUAAGUCAACUAACACCUUACAAUGGAGAACAACAAAAGCCUCCAGCAAUUUCCAAUAAGUAGUGGUCUGCACCCAGGUGUGCGGACAGAGAAGCCUCCGUCCC